CUGGUGUGCAGACGGGCUGGAAAACAGCUGUGGCUGGGGAAGUGCGUGGGCCUCAGAGUCCAGAGGGGAUCGGCCGGCUCUGCCUUCAGCAGGAGCCAGCAUCUGUGCCGGAGGCCUGCGUUCGAAGGGGACGCUCAGGAGGUGCUCCUCCGUGGGGCUGGCCCUCCACCACCCUCCUCUGCUCCGCAGGAAGGGCUGCUAGGGGGCUGGGGCCGGCCUGCGGCGGGGGCGGGGGGUGGGGGGGAGACAGCAGGGGGCCCAAAAGGGGCGGGUGGGGUGCAGAGCGUGGAGGCUCCAGGGAAGGAGAGCAGACAGCUGGCCUGGCCUCACAGGUCAGGGGAUUCCGAGAGAGAAAGUGCACGGGGAAGUGAUGCUGGAAGCAAGGGUCUGCCGAAAACAGGAAAAGGAGUGCUAGACACGCCAUCUGGAAAACCCAAAGGGCAGAAUGAAAGGGGGGAGGAUGCGGGUGUGCGGCAGACCCCGGGGCUGACCACGGCCAGCCGGGGGCCAGGGCGCACGGAGGCAAACAGCCCGGAUUCCUGCAGUCCUCGGGAGGAAGCCCCCGGGCUCAUCACAGGCGCAAAGGGCGUCAGCCGGUGCACGGGGCUCCCGGUGCUGAGUGCCUCCGACUUCCCCGGGGCACCGGCUGGCAAAGACCCUCUCGUUCCUGCCAGGGUCCGAGAGGGCCUGACUGCACCAGAUGUGAUGGGAAUCAGCAGGACCAGCAGAGGUGCCUGUCAAGUCAGCUUCCCAGUCAUCACAGCCGCGUGUCGCCGUCAGAACGAGCAGCCCGCCUUAGGACGGAGCGAGGCUCUGCUGUGUCAGGCGACGCGCCUGGAGUCAUCACGGGGGAGCUGCAGCAGCUCGGGAACACCGCUCACAAAGACUGAGGCGCGCGCCCUGGGAUGGCUAAGGAUGACUGCACUCCCAGGGAACAGUUACCAUCCACGCUUUCGAAUGGCCCCCUUUCUGCCUCCUCUCGGGCCCUGUGAGGCGUCACAAAAUCACCAUGCGGUGGUGGUGAAGGCAGUGUGCGCUGACUUCCCCCAUGCCUGCUUCCACAGCUCCACGAGGGGCCUCUGCUUGCGCUUCCUGUAG